AUGCCGGAAGUGAUUUUUGAGAACCUGGGGCUAAUUGAUUACAAAGAAGCCUGGGACUAUCAGGAAAAACUUUUCCGAUCAACGAUUGAUCAAAAGAUUGAGCUUAGAAACGGAACAAGUUCUGAGCCAACCAAGAAUUACUUGUUGUUUUGUCAGCACCCGCACGUGUAUACCCUUGGAAAAAGUGGUGACAAAGAGCAUUUACUCCUUAACGAGGAAGGGUUGAAGGAUCACAACGCCACGUAUUACGAGAUUAAUCGUGGUGGAGAUAUUACAUAUCACGGUCCUGGACAAUUGGUCGCUUAUCCUAUCUUCGAUCUUGACCAUUUUUUCUCUGAUAUUCACAAAUACCUGAGAUUUUUGGAAGAAGCCGUGAUUCAAACAUUGGCAGAAUACGGAAUUGAAAGCAGUCGUGUUGACGGCUUAACAGGUGUUUGGAUUGAUGGAGAUAAACCAACAGCGAGAAAAAUCUGCGCGAUGGGUGUGAAAAGUUCCCGUUGGGUAACCAUGCACGGAAUCGGAUUCAACGUGAAUUCGGACUUAUCUUAUUUUUCUCAUAUCGUCCCUUGUGGAAUUGACGAUAAAGCCGUAACUUCAAUGGAACGCGAAUUGGGCCGGGCCAUUAGCCUCGAAGAAGUUGCAGAGGUGCUGAAAAAGAAGCUGGCUGAGCA